AGCAGGAAGCGGCCGGAGGGGCCUCGGUGGCGGAACCAUGGGAGCGGCUUUGGGGGUCUGUUCGUUGGCCAGCUGGAUCCCCUGUUUGUGCAGCGGUGCCUCGUGUUUGCUGUGCCGAUGUUGUCCCAACAGCAAGAAUUCCACAGUGACUCGUCUUAUCUAUGCCUUCCUCCUCCUCCUCAGUACUGCUCUUGCCUGCAUUAUGCUGGCACCAGGGAUGGAAGAGCAGCUGAAAAAGAUACCUGGAUUUUGUGAGGAGGGCCUUCACACUCGGAUACCCUACAUGGAUGGCUUCGUCAGCUGCGAUGUGUUCGUGGGCUACAGGGCUGUCUAUCGAAUCAGCUUUGCCAUGGCUGUGUUCUUCUUCCUCUUCUCUCUGCUCAUGAUAGCAGUGAAAACAAGCAAUGAUCCCCGAGCUGCUGUGCACAAUGGGUUCUGGUUCUUCAAAAUUGCUGCCAUCGUGGCUCUCAUGGUUGGGGCCUUUUACAUUCCUGAAGGGCCUUUCACGAGAGCUUGGUUUGUCAUUGGUGUUUUUGGAGCCUUCUUCUUCAUUCUUAUCCAGUUGGUGCUGCUUGUGGACUUUGCUCACUCCUGGAAUGAGAGCUGGGUUGAGAGAAUGGAGGAAGGAAAUGCUAAAUGCUGGUAUGCAGCUCUGCUCUCCUGCACAGGCUUGUUCUAUGCCUUGUCUCUGGUUUUUCUUGUGCUCUUCUGCAUCUUCUACACGAAGCCUGAUGGUUGCACCGAGAACAAGAUCUUCAUAAGCAUUAAUGUGAUCCUCUGCAUUGCUGUCUCCAUUGUCUCUGUCCUUCCAAAAGUUCAGGAGCAUCAGCCCCGCUCUGGCCUCCUCCAGUCCUCAGUCAUCACCCUCUACACCAUGUACCUCACCUGGGCAGCCAUGUCCAACGAGCCUGAACGAAGCUGUAACCCAAGUUUGCUGAACAUCAUCACCCAGAUAGCUACACCCACAGCCGUGCCAGAGAACACCACUGUGGUGCCUGCCACCCCAGCUCCACCCAAGUCCCUGCAGUGGUGGGAUGCCCAGAGUGUUGUUGGAUUGGUUAUCUUUGUCCUUUGCCUCUUGUACUCCAGCAUUCGCUCCUCGAGCCACAGCCAGGUGAGCAAGCUGACCCUGUCUGGCAGUGACAGUGCCAUGCUGGAGGACACUGCAGCGCUGGGCCCGGGGCCCGCUGAGGACGGAGACGUUCGGCGCGUCACGGAUAACGAGAGGGAGGGAGUCCAGUACAGCUACACCUUCUUCCACUUCAUGCUCUUUCUGGCCUCCCUUUACAUCAUGAUGACACUCACCAACUGGUACAGCCCUGAUGCAGAUUUUAAGACGAUGACGAGUAAGUGGCCAGCAGUGUGGGUGAAGAUAACCUCCAGCUGGCUUUGUCUGCUUCUCUAUGUUUGGACCUUAGUGGCUCCUCUUGUCCUUACUAACAGGGACUUCAGUUAAACUGCACCUCUCUGAGUUUACAGAGGUGGGGAACUCAUUGCUGAAAGCCAAAACGCUGAUGCAUUGCUUUAGUUUCACCGUGGUCCUGUUCCUUACGUCCACACUAACCUGCAAGGGUAGAGCUGUGUGCUGCCUAAUGCUUGAGAGGGACCCAAGCUGCCUCCAGUUACCUCUCUAGUUUAACCUUCAGUUAUGGUUAUGUUAUUGCUGCAGUUACCAAGUUCACUACAGCUGUGCUGUCACAGCACAGGAGAAGAAUCUCUCUUCUGUCCAGUAGCCACAGCCCUUCCAGUGACUCAAAGUAACCUUGACCUAACCAGUUCACCUGCUUUAAAGAUCUCUCCUAGCCAGCAGCGCUGGUUGCUAACACUUCAGUUCCUGCAAGUCAAACCAUGCUGCUUGAUGUCUACAUUCCAGUCCCAAAGCGUGUUUAAAUUUCACUGACUUCCCUCUGUGUUGGCAAAAAA